CCCUUAGCCUAAAGUCUUCUCCCCACUCUCUUAACAAUAAUAAAAAGUCAUCAACUUUCAUCGAUUCUUCCUAAGAACUUCACAAAAAAUAUAAAAACCAAUUUCAAAGUCUUCCCCUUCGUUCAAUCUUCAAAAAAUCUAGUUUCUUUUUUAAACCCUCCUGUUUCAUUAAUCGAUCUACUGGCUUGACAAUCUGCUGGCUUUCUUAGUUAAACUCUCAAAUGGAGGGGAUGGAAGAUACCAAGUCCGAGGCGAAUUUAACCUCGGCUGCAGCUUUUGUGGAAGGGGGAAUCCAGGAUGCUUGUGAUGAUACCUGCAGUAUAUGCCUUGAAGCAUUCUGUGAAAGUGACCCAUCGACGGUGACCAGUUGCAAGCAUGAGUUUCAUCUUCAGUGCAUUCUUGAAUGGUGUCAGAGGAGUUCUCAGUGCCCCAUGUGCUGGCAGCCAAUAAGCCUGAAAGAUCCAACCAGUCAGGAGUUGCUUGAGGCUGUUGAACGUGAAAGGAGUUUUCGGCUCAAUCCCACUAGAAAUGCAACCAUAUUUCAUCAUCCAACUCUUGGGGAUUUUGAACUACAACAUCUGCCUGUGGGGGCAAAUGAUGCGGAGCUUGAGGAGCGCAUUAUCCAGCACUUGGCUGCUGCUGCUGCAAUGGGCCGAGCACGUCACAUUGCAAGAAGGGAAGGUCUGAGGAAUAGGUCAUCAGCUCAAGGUCGUCCACAGUUCUUAGUGUUCUCCACUCAUCCUAAUGCACCCUCUACCGGUCCUAUAUCUUCAUCUCCAACUCAGAGAGAAGGUGAACCAGCCCCAUCAAUCACUGUUGGAACUCCAUCCUCUCCUGCAAGAACAGUGGGGGAAGAAUCUUCAGCUUCAAUUACUCCACUACCUUCUGCCCAAGCUGAUCAGCAGUCUGCGUCAGCUUCUGGCUCGAGUGUUAUUUUAGUCAAUGAUCAAGGAAAUUCCUUGAACAAUAGGAGGUCUCCUAAUCAGUGUUCUCCUAAUAGUCAAGAUAGAGCAGGACCUUCAGAAUUCCAAUCAUUUUCAGAAUCAUUAAAAUCACGAUUUAAUGCUGUUUCAAUGAGAUACAAAGAGUCAAUUUCAAAGAGUACAAGGGGGUGGAAAGAGAGAUUUUUCUCUCGCAACGCGUCCAUGGCUGAUAUUGGUUCUGAAGUUAGGAGAGAGGUUAAUGCUGGCAUUGCAACAGUCUCUCGCAUGAUGGAGCGUCUGGAAACCAGAGAUAAUAGAACCAGCACUUCUACUGUAUCAAGCAGUUUGGAAGAUAGGUCUAAUACGGAAUCAGAUAACCACCAGAUAUCACAUGCUAGUGGAGAAACUCCUUUGACUGACACUAGUGCACAAGCUUCAUGUGCUGCAAGUUCUGGUUCCAAAUAAGUAUUGUUUCAGCAACUGCAUCAACUGAAAGUCUUUUAGCUUCAAAGAUGUGUUAUGUUUUUGAUGGGUGCUUUGUCCUCCUUUUCAAGCCAUUCUAUAUAUCCUCGGACAUUUGAAGAGAGCAGUUGGUGAUUGAGAACUGAUUCAGAAUAAAAGACGCCGAAAAACAAAAUAGAAAGGUUCUUAUAUUUGGACCUAGGAACUAUCAGAUUAUGUAAAUUAGUUUAUAUUUUAAACUUAAUUUAUGAAUAUAAUUCUAAGCCCUGUAUGCUAGGCGCCCAAGUAUUGAACUUGUGACGAAUUCUUGCUUGAUGAGGUGCUUCAUGAGGAUUAUUAUAAAUUUUACUACGACCACACAGCAUUUUAUCCCUACUA